AAACCUCCAUUAAUGGGUUCAACCUCCCUUCAAUAUCCCAUAGACUCAACCAAACCAACUGACACCAUGGUCCCAUCUUCAAAGGUCAUGAACCACGGACCACACCACAUGGACCAUGGCUCGACACACUGCCCUCGAUGUGACUCCACCCACACCAAGUUCUGUUACUACAACAACUACUCUCUUUCUCAGCCUCGUUACUUUUGCAAAUCCUGUAGACGCUACUGGACCAAAGGUGGCACCCUCCGUAAUAUCCCCGUCGGCGGACUCUGCCGGAAAAACAAGAAAAUCUCUUCCACUUUCAAGAAACCGACCACCACCAACAAUCACAACACCACCACCCACCACCGCCAACCGCAACCAAGUGGGAUGAGCUCGAACUUCAUGGAUCUCCACUCACCGGUGGAGUUCUCCGUGGACCCUCAUUUCAUGUUUGAGAAUCUUACUAAUGGUUCCCCUGCCGCCAUUGAUUUCUUGGAGAGUGGUGGUGGUUGUGGUGGUGGGGAGUAUGAUGAUCAGAUUGUUGAUGAUUUUCCGGCGAUGGUGGUGGCUGGUGGGUAUGGAGCGGAUAUGGGUAAUACCCAUGGGUCGAAUCCGGAAACGAUAUCGUAUGAUGAGUAUGAUCAUGAGUAUUAUGAGAGCAUGAUGAAUGGAACUGAUAUGAAGCCAAGUAGGGUUUUCACGUUGGGGUGGCAAGAUCAAGCGGGUUCGGGUUGUGAUUCGGAUCUUAAUGGUUCAGGUGAAGGGAGAAAUGGGGCGUCCGGGUAUCUAAUGGGGUUCGGAUCUUCAUGGGCCGGGUUGAUGAACUAGUAUGGAUCGUCCGCUACAAACCAUUAGUACAGUAAUGAUAUUAUUAUAUACUAGAAGGGUAUUUGUGUAA